CCCCCGCAGCCGGCGCCGCUCGGUUGGAAAAAUGCAGGGUAAUAAAGGCUUUAACAUGGAUAAACAGAACCACACUCCAAGAAAACAGCAUCAGCAACAUCAGCAACCACCGAUUCCUGCCAACGGGCAACAGACCAACAGCCAGAAUGAAGGUCUGACAAUUGACCUGAAGAAUUUUCGGAAACCUGGUGAAAAGACCUUCACCCAGAGGAGCCGUCUGUUUGUGGGGAACCUGCCCCCAGAUAUUACAGAGGAGGAGAUGAGGAAGUUAUUUGAGAAAUAUGGAAAGGCAGGUGAAGUCUUCAUACACAAGGACAAAGGCUUUGGCUUUAUUAGGCUGGAAACUCGCACUCUGGCAGAGAUUGCAAAAGUGGAACUUGACAACAUGCCUCUGCGUGGGAAACAGCUAAGAGUGCGUUUUGCCUGCCAUAGCGCAUCGCUGACCGUCAGAAACCUGCCUCAGUUUGUGUCAAAUGAGCUCCUUGAGGAGGCCUUCUCGAUAUUUGGCCAAGUGGAGAGGGCUGUGGUAAUUGUGGAUGACAGAGGAAGAUCUUCUGGGAAAGGCAUUGUGGAGUUCUCAGGGAAGCCAGCUGCCAGAAAAGCCCUGGAUAGAUGCAGCGAAGGGUCUUUCUUGCUAACUACGUUUCCUCGGCCUGUCACUGUGGAGCCCAUGGACCAGUAUGAUGAUGAGGAGGGACUGCCAGAGAAAUUGGUCAUCAAAAACCAGCAGUAUCACAAGGAGCGUGAGCAGCCUCCUCGGUUUGCACAGCCUGGCACCUUUGAGUAUGAGUAUGCCAUGCGCUGGAAGGCUUUGAUAGAGAUGGAGAAGCAGCAGCAAGAACAAGUAGACCGUAACAUCAAGGAAGCACGAGAGAAGCUAGAGAUGGAGAUGGAAGCAGCUCGCCACGAGCACCAAGUUAUGCUUAUGCGGCAAGAUUUAAUGAGACGUCAGGAAGAACUGAGGAGAAUGGAGGAACUGCAUAACCAGGAAGUGCAGAAACGUAAACAGCUGGAACUCAGGCAGGAGGAAGAACGCAGGCGCCGUGAGGAGGAAAUGAGGAGGCAGCAGGAGGAGAUGAUGAGGCGUCAGCAGGAGGGCUUUAAAGGGAAUUUUCCUGAUGCGAGGGAACCACCAGACAUGCGGAUGGGACAAAUGGGCAUGGGAGGUGCCAUUGGCAUGAACAAUAGAGGCGCCAUGGGUGGCACCAAUGUCCCAGCUGGUGCACCCCCGGCAGCUGGUCCUGGAGCCAUGAUACCUGAUGGGGCCAUGGGGAUGACUCCACCACCGCCUGCUGAUCGCUUUGGCCAGGGCAGCGCAAUGGAAGGACUUGGAGCUAUGGGAGGAAACCCGCCUGGCUUCAACAGAGGAAAUCCUGGGGGGGAAUUUGGUCCUAACAAACGUCGCAGAUACUAAUAGGAUUAAGUUACCCCCUACCGACACCCCAAAGAGGAAAGGAAUCUUGGCAGGCCAUGCAGGGUUCUACUUGGGUGGGGGGAGAUUGUUCACAGUAGUUUAAUUAGGGCCUGCCUCGGCAAAGCCACUCUAGGGACGGGGAGUGCAGUCUGACUGGUAAAGGUUCUAGUAAAUUUUGUGUGGUGCAUUCCUAUAAUUUCAAUGUGAAAAUGACAUGGGAGGUUUCAGUAGCUGUGCAGUAAAAGUAAGACCUGGCUAGGACCCUGAUGCCUUUACCAUUCCAAGUUUCCUGUAUGCAGCCACAGCCCUGAGACUAACUUAGAUACAGUUGAAGAAUUUCAUAGCUUUCUUCUAGCCCAAUACAGCUCCUCUGGCAGCACAGGCAAGUCUCUGGAGCAUUAAGGGAGCACCCAGAUAUUUUGCA